CCGUCUCCUGGGUCCGUCUUGACUGUUCGCGCUUCUCUUCCAGCCAAUCCCUGUGCGUGCUUCCUCCAGAGGAGCAGGUUGCCCCUAAGGCGAGCCUGGCUUCUCACUUCUCUACCUCAGUCCUCGCGGGACGGCGCCCACAUGGCUACUACAUCUGUGAACUUUAAAACCUAUGUGGAUCAAGCUUGCAGAGCUGCUGAAGAAUUUGCAAAUAUUUACUAUGAAACCAUGGAUAAAAGGAGACGGGUGUUGACCAAACUCUACCUGGACAAAGCGACCCUGGUUUGGAAUGGGAAUGCAGUAUCCGGGCAAGCAGCACUUGCAGAAUUCUUUGAAAUGUUGCCUUCAAGUGAUUUUCAAGUUACCACAUUUGAUUGCCAGCCUGUUCAUGAGCAAGCCACUCUGAACCAUAACACCAUCCUUGUUGUGACAUGUGGGUCUGUCAAAUUUGAUGGGAGCAAGCAGCAGUACUUCAAUCAGAACUUCUUGUUAACAGCACAAACCACAAACAACAACACAGUGUGGAAGAUUGCGAGUGACUGCUUCCGCUUCCAGGACUGCCCUAAUUAGUGGGGAGCAUACUAGUUGGCUAUACUUCCUCUGGACAAGAUAAUUGGCUUUCAGGAUGGUCGUACUCUGGAUAUGAGAAAGUACCUUCUCUUUGAAAGAAACUUCCUCUUGCCAGGAAUUACCAACUUCAGAACAGCAAAAAUCAAACUUACUUAUUUAAGAAUGCUGUCUGGGGCUUCGGUAUUUAAAUCAAUAUAGGAAAAUACUGUUAUGGUUUACUUGCAUUGAUGACUCACUCAUUCAUACACAUUGUAUACAAGCACUAUCUGUCACAAGUUGUAUUUGUUUUGGUGAGAAAUAAAAAUAGCUGUAACAACAAGGUGAGGAUGCAGAUCCUGACCAACUUUAAGUCUUCCUAGAAUCUGAAAAUCUUGGUGCAAAUAAGUACAGCUGGGAGAAGAUUGUGUGAAGGAGAAUGAUAAUUGUCUCUGGGCUUCCAUGUAUUUCUAGUAAAGGAAGAUAUUGGAGAGAUAUUAGGAAGACCUCAACACCCCGAGGCUAUUUUUUUGAGCUGCUUUGGAACUGCUUUUGUUACACUAUGUUGCUUUGUGCUGUUUUAUCUAUGAUUUGUUGAGUUUGUAUGUAACCAUUUUACUGGCUACAUAAAAAAAUAUAUAUUAUUUUUAUAAAAAGGGGGGUUUGGAAGAGAGAUUUUGACUCUUUUGUAGCAGAGUAACGCCCAAUGGUGAUUGCUCCAAGCAUAUUAAAACUUGGUUACAUUUUGCAUCUACCCUCAUCUACCUUUAAAUAUAGGUUCCCCAUGAAAAUACUUGAGCUGGAAUACAUCAUAGACACUUAGCUUUGCAAAUAAUAAAACUGGUUGCAUCCACCAGGAUCUUAACUCCGCUGUUACAGCAGAGGUGACCAAGGAGUGUCCAGAGCACUGUCUAGUCCUGUUGUGUUGGAUGAGUUUCAGUUGGUAAGGAUCGAGAAUGUGGACAAGGUGCUUGGAUUGAUCAGGACGGCCAUUUGCAUUCUGGACCUUAGUUCAUCUUGGCUGAUAAAAACUAGCAGGGAGGGGCCAGGUGGCUGGGCCAAGAGAGGGUGGUCCCUGCCUGCUUGAAGGAGGCCACUCCUUAAGAAAACCACUCCUUAAGAAACCCUCACUGAACUCGGAAAAUCUAAGGACUCAGAAAAACUAUUGGCCAGUUCCUAAUCUCCCCUUAGGCAAGGCCCUGGAGUGGGUGGCCACAGAUCAGAUCCAGGUGCUCUUGGAGGAAACUGAUUUUCUGUAUACAUUUCGAUUGGGAUUUAGGCCCAGUUUUGUCAUAGGAACUGUUUUGGUCACGCUGUAUGAUGACCACUGUUGGGAGAGAGACGGAAAAUGUCUCCUUGUUAAUUCUUGACCUCAUGGUAUCCUGGAGCAGCUGUCCAAAUUGUUGGAAUAUUCUGUUCCACCUUAAGGAACAGGCAUAAUUGUUGUGUGU